AUGCCUACCUUGGACGAACCGAAGAAGCGCCGCGCGAAGCGUCCCGAAGAGCCCAGCAUGUCCGGGCUGCCGCGCGUUCGCAUCAUCUCCGGUGAGAGCAGCCAGAGCUACGACGCCGACCGAUCGUCCAGCCCUAAGGAGAGCGAUCGGGACUGCGAUUCCUCGUCGCUUGUGGACAGCAGCCCGCCCGUACCAGACCCAGACUUGCCCUACCACAAGCUGCGCGUCUGGGAGAUGCUCAACAACCCAGACUACAACGACUGCGUCUACGAGGUGCCGCCCAGACGUGGAGCUCGAAAGUCUAAAUCGCCGGCCGAGCCUUACUACAUGAGCGGCAUUGGCUUUCCUGGCUUGGACCACAGCACCCAACACAGUUCCGACGAGGAAGAGUUUCAUGCUGACGAGAGCUCCCCGAGAAAUCAAGACCUGAGCAGCACCGACCCUAGCUACGACAAUGGUGUUUUCGAGAAGCCUUCUAGCGAUUCGAAAACACUAGAGAUCGAUCCGUAUCUCAUGAGCGGUGCCAGCGAAAACCAGGGCCAACCUGACAGCACCACGACAGGCCUGCCCUAUGAUGACUCGUCCAAGACCGAGAACGAGUCUCACGAUGCCUCCAAGCCAGCAACCCCGCCUCCCAAGACGAUUCAAGAGAACGUCCGGGAUGCGCCUCUGGAGCCGUCCGACAAGAAGGAGAAGAAAAGCAAAGCGAAGAAGACCAUGUCUGCCUGGGGCAAGAUCUGCAAACAGAGCCAGGAACAGCGGCUUGAGAAGACUGCGGCGGCGAAGUCUGACGCCGCGGCUGAGAAGGAAAAGGAGAAUAAUCCUCCUGCGCCCAAGAAGCCCAAGGCCAAAGAUGUCAUGAAAGGAUAUGCCGAGGAUACCAAGGCCAAGCCCAAACGGAAGGCAAAGGAUCCCAAGACCAAGCCUAAAGCAAAGGCGGCAGCAAAGAAAACGACCACUCAAGCUGCAGGAGCCCCCAACGACAAGGUUCCUGAUGACAAGGUUCCCGGUGGCAAGGUGCCUGGUGGCAAGGUUCCUGAUGAAAAAGUUCCUGACGACAAAGUUCCUGACGACAAAGUCCCUGACAACCAAGCCCCUAUCGACGAGGUCCCCGAAAAGAAGGGGCUCAACCAAGAAGCGCAAACCAAGGAGACGAAGGCGUGCCUCGAAGAACCUACUCCAGAACUCAAAGAAGAGAACGACAAACACCUCUCGCCACCCAGAGUCGAGACAGACAUCGUCGAGGAGAAACAGCAGCAGAGGAGCAGGUCCACAACGCCCGACGGCACGCCCGUCAAGCGAAAGCUUGCCGAUAGAGACGGUCCCGAGCCCGAAGGCGGCGACGACAAAGUCGUCGCAGAGGAAGAGGAAGAGCCGGCGGCACAACAGCAGCAGGAGCAGGAAGAAGAGGCGCCGCGAAAGGCAAAAAAGGCUCGAAGCGAUCGAGGAUCUUCGGCGGAGCGACGACGACCUCUUUCCCCAGAAUCAUCCCUCUUCCUCGACCCCAAAUACCAAGACAAGAUGAGCGGCCCCGGCGUCGGAUUCGAGUACCCCCGCGUGCCCGUUGCGUGGCUCAAGCGCGAUGUGCUGCUCUUUGCCAACUCGAUCGGCUGCACCAACGACGAGCUUCACUUCCUCUACAUCCCCCGAAACCACAUCCAGGAAGCUAACAAGAUCUCAAACCUCACCGUUGCAGCCUUCAAGCACACGUCGCAAGAGGUAGUCGACUUCUACGCCGCGCAAAAGGCCGUCACCAUCCCCGGCGUGCCCAACUUCGACUCGACCCGCGUCGUCGACGGCCAGCGCCGCGUCGAGUUCCUCAAGCCGCUGCCCACCACCUCGGCGGGCAAGCAGUUCGAGACGCGCACCAAGGUCCUCGGCGUCUACGACAAGGGCCGCCCGGGCUCCGUCGUCGAGAUCCAGACCGAGCUCGUCGAGGUCGCCUCGGGCACCGUCUACUCGCGCGAGACGGGCUCGGCCUUCUACAUCGGCCAGGGCAACUGGGGCGGGCCCAAGGGCCCCGCGACGGUCAACUACCCGCCGCCCCAGGGCCGCAAGCCCGACGCCGUCUUCGAGGACCAGACGACCAAGCAGUCGGCGCUGCUGUACCGGCUCAACGGCGACUACAACCCGCUGCACGCGACGCCCGAGCCCGGUAAGAAGAUGGGCUUCGGCGGCGACAUCAUGCACGGCCUGUACUCGUUCAACUCGACCUGCCACCUGCUGCUCAAGCACCUCGGCGGCAGCGACCCGGCCAACAUCAAGGAGUACCAGGCGCGGUUCGCCAGCCCCGUCAAGCCCGGCGACAAGCUCGUCACGCAGGUCUGGAGGACGGGCGACGUGCAGGAUGGCUGGGAGGAGGUGCGCUUCGUUGUCAGUGUCGAGGGCGGCAAGGUGUGCCUGUCCAACGGCCGCGCCUUUAUGAAGGUCGUCGGCAGCGCCAAGAACAAGCUGUGA